AUGUCGAGCAAAGCGGCAUUGAAAGCGGUUCGCGCAGCUUUAGAGUCGAAAGACUACCAAGGAGCCGCCGAAAAAGCUCAGGCGCUUGUGAAUCAAGAUCCCCAAAACUACCAUGCUCAUGUCUUUCUGGGACUCGCAAACGACAAACUGAACAGGAAUGACAGCUCGGAGACUGCGUACAUCACCGCGACUCGCAUCAAGGCGGAUGACAAAGCUGCCUGGCAGGGAUUGCUCUCUCUUUAUGACAGACAAGGCGGAGACAAGCUUGAUUCUUACCACCAGGUUGUCAUUCAGCUUGGAAACAUUUUUGCCAAUAAUGACGAGCGGGAGCGCUGCCAGGAUCUGGUCAACAAAUAUGCGAAGUUGGCCGCGAGCCACGGGUCCAAAGCUCAACGCAAGUCGUCGUUGAUGUUGCAAUUGCCUAGCUCGCCGCUGUACGAUUUCCUCGAAGGAAGACUGCCUCACCCGUCACACACAUACUUGCGAUUGAUUGAAUUGACCGAGGGCGAGGAAAGAGAAUUUAUCAAUCGUGAGAUUGGUGAGCGGAGAACACGUCUCGGCGCGCGUAUCGAUAAGGUCACUCAAGAAGUCAAGCGCGAAGCGUUUGAAAAGAGUGCCCUGGACCAGCUUUACCGAGGAAUAGUUGAUUGGACGAAUGAUGAUGAUGUGCGACGUCGAUACGAAGAAAAGCUCUUCGAACGCGCGUAUGAGGAUCUCUGUGUUUCUCCAGCUGAUCAAAAAGAGGAAAAGAAGAAGCUCGUGUUCAAGGCCGCCCAGGAUAUGGUGAUCAUCAAACAUCCAUUUGAGCCUGCCUGGAAGGUCUUCUUGACGUGGCAAGAUGUCCAGAAUUACGCGGAGUACGACGUUGGACACUUGCGUGAAUAUGUUGAAUUUUUCCCAGAGUCCGGAAUCUCAAAGAUUCUGAAAGGAUUCCUGUCAAGUGAAUUAUCACCUUUCCCCAAUGAGCCCCAUAGCGAAGAGAAAGCCCCAGGGGAGAACAAGAAGAGGAACAAGCCAGCUGCUGAGAAUGACGUUGAAGUUGACCUUGCGGAAAACGACGUCCAAGCUGAUAAGGUUACAGCUGCCCAGGAUCGUCUCAUCCUCAUGGUCGAAGGGCUAGAAUCUGCUGGCAACUCUAUCAUUGCUCAUCGAAUCAUGUCAGAUCUCUACCUCCAUUUGGAAGAAUAUGAGAGUGUGGUGAAUGUCGCACGCAAGGGUCUGUCUACUAUCAAAGAUUUGACUAAAGCUUGUGGUGUCAAAAUUCCAAACACGGCAGAUGCCUUGAAUAUUGCGCUUGCCAACGCGUUGAUCCAUCACCAAGCACCCCGGCAUCACACAGAAGCAAAGAUCAUCUUCAACAGCAUCCUCGAGAGAUUCCCACUUUCUUGUACUUGCUUGCUUGGUGUUGGUCUGAUUUUGAAAGAGGAUCAGGAUUAUGCUGAAGCAGUGGACUUCCUACGCCGGGCCCUUGAACGUGAUACUUCAAACCUCACCAUUCGUGGGGAGCUUGCUUGGUGUGAAGCUUUGAAUGGUGACCUCCAAGCUGGGCUGGACAGACUGCAAGGUGUACUAGAAGACUCGAAGGAGACACAGCCUGAAAACCGAGAAUUUGCAGCAGAAAUCCUGUAUCGCAUUGGAUUUUGUCAAUGGGAGUUGGACCCGUCUCUAGCCGCAAGAAAAGACCGAAAAGGUGCGUAUAGCAGCCUUUUCGCUUCCAUUCAGGCGAACAUGAACUUUGCACCUGCAUACACCAUUCUUGGGUUUUACUUUGCCGAUUACAAAAAGGACAAAGCGAGAGCCCGCCGUUGCUUCCACAAAGCCUUUGAAUUAUCUACCUCGGAAAUCGAGGCUGCUGAGCGUCUCGCCAAGGCCUUUGCCGAUUCUCAAGAAUGGGAUCUCGUCGAAGCAGUUGCAACGCGAGUCAUUGAAUCUGGCAAAGCGAAACCAUCCCCAGGCUCAAAACGUCGCGGGUUCAGCUGGCCAUAUGCUGCGCUGGGAACUGUGCAAAUCAAUAAGCAACAAUACAGCAAGAGCAUUGUCUCGUUCCAAGCGGCUCUGCGACUGGCACCAAAUGACUACCACUCCUGGGUUGGACUUGCCGAAAGCUAUCACCACUCUGGGCGAUACAUUGCUGCCACCAAGGCGUUCGAGUAUGCGAAAACACUGGAGCCAAACCUCUCAGAGAAGGAACAGGAGAAUGUGUGGUUCUCCCGAUACAUGCUGGCCAACGUCCGGCGAGAGCUUGGCGAGUACGACGAGGCAAUUUCUAGCUACGACCAAGUCUUGAUUUCUAGGCCUGGCGACAUCGGCGUGUCAAUUGCACUCCUUCAAACCUUGACUGAGAGUUCAGCUAAGAGUCUUGGUCUCGGCCUCUUCAAUGAUUCAGCUGAAUUGGCAUGCAGAGCUAUCAACUUGGCUCACACGCUGGCGCAUGUCCAGACUGAUAUUUUCAACCUGUGGAAGGCUGUUGGCGAUGCGUAUUCUCAUUUCUCACACAUGAAGAGCAAGCUUGUCAAGCUUUCUCCUUCUGAUUGCAAGACUCUACUCUCAAUUAAUCUCGACCCUACUGCAUUUGAUUCGAUGACCGAAAUUGACGGCAUUGGAGCAGACUGGCUUCAAACCGAUCUCACAGAAGAGACAGUGCCAGCCAACUUCUAUGGCCAAGCAGCCAUCCUUGCCUACAAACGUGCACUGCAUGUUUCGGUCCAUGACCCCCAUGCCCAAGCAAUCGCUUGGUACAACCUUGGUUGGGCUGAACAUCUAGCAUAUCGCGAAGCACAGUCAGACUCUGCCCAGAAGGGUAAAAAAUCCCGCAAGUUCUUGAAAGCAGCCAUGCAGUGUUUCAAGAGAGCCAUUGAACUGGAAGCUGGCAAUGCUGAUUUCUGGAACUCAUUGGGUGUGGUCACUACUACCAUGAGUCCGAAGGUUGCGCAGCACGCCUUUGUGAGAAGUUUACAUCUGAAUGAUCGCAAUGCGUCGGUUUGGACGAAUCUUGGUGCUCUCUACCUUAUCCACAACGACAUUCAGCUUGCCAAUGAUUCUUUCACUCGGGCACAGUCAACUGACCCAGACUACGCACAAGCUUGGGUUGGCCAAGGAAUACUCGCGCUUCUAGUUGGAGAAAUCAAAGAGGCCAGGGGCAUCUUCGAACAUGCUUUCGAGAUUUCAAAUUCUUCAGAGAUUCUACCCAAGCGCCAGUAUGCCCUUACUCUCUUUGAUCACCUCCUUGUCAAUCCCUCUGCUUCACAUGAGGUAUCUGAACUCAUUCAACCAUUCUUUGCACUUCACCAAUUGUGCAGCCAAAACCCAUCUGACCUGCCGUUUGUCCAUCUAUCUGCCCUUUUGGCGGAGAGAAUGGGCGAAACCGCAGAUGCCGAGAACAGCCUGCAGGCAGUUUGCGCAGGCAUGGAAGCCGAAUUCGAAGAGACCGAAUCCACCUCAUCUCUCUCGAAAUAUGCACAGGCCAAUGCAGAUUUGGCUCGUGUUCUGCUUGCUCGUCAUGCCUAUGAAGAAGCGGCAGAGAAGGCCGAGCUAGCCCUCUCACUCUCUGGCGAGGAAGAUGCCGAAAAGUUCGAUCCUGAAACCUGCCGCAAGCUUCGAUUAUCCGCACAUCUGACCGCUGGUCUCGCAUUCUACUACACUCAGUCAUGGGAUCAAGCCAUCGACAUGUUCCGCGAUGCUCUUCAAGAAGCAAACAACGCGCCAGAUGUCGUCUGCCUUCUGGCCCAAGUCCUGUGGGCCAAGGGUGGCGAAGAGGACCGAUCAGUCGCCCGUGAGCAGCUGUUCGCCUGUCUCGAGAACAACGAUGGCCACAUUGGUGCGACUGUGCUCUUGGGUGCCAUCUCGAUUCUGGAUAAGGAUAGCGAGGCAGUUGAUGCGAUAGAGUCCGACCUCAACAGCCUUACCACACGCGAAGACGUCAACCUGCAUGAGGCAGCUAAGUUGGUCAAACUCCGGAGCGCUAUAUCCGCAUUGGGAUUCAAUGCUCAUGCGGAUGUUCCCGAGGACCUCAGACGAACUGCUCAGGCAUCUUCUGCGAUCAUGAUCUCACCAGCCCAGCCUGCAGGAUGGAUGGAGUUGUCAGCAGCCACGCAAGACCCCGAUGUUGCAGAGAUGACCGUCGAAUGUGCGCUGCAGAGUGUGCCUCCUCGCGGCAAGCUCGAAGCCUCGGAACUCAGCAAGGCUUACGCGCAGAGCGGGAAGAUGAUCGACUCUCUCCGAGCCAUUAUGAUUUCACCGUCGACAAGCACCGGCUGGGAGGAGCUGGACUAUCAUCUGUCUACCCUGGCUGUUUGA